AUGCUUGCAUUUCAGCAGUUCUUUGAAACGAUAAAUCCAUUGAAUGGAUUCGAUGGGAAGGAGUCGUUGGAAACAUAUAUGUGGGAGCAGUCGUUGAAGGUUGAACCGAAAGAUGCAGAGAAACUGGAUUCUAUUAAGCCAUCAAGACCGGCCAGUGUACUGAAAUCACCCGGCAUAAAACCUCCGAAAACGCUAUCGUCUGUCGCUUCGACGAGUGGUCCGUCGAAUCAUUAUUCCGGUUAUCGGAGCAGUGGACGAGGUUUCACGGCCAACUUCAACACGUACAGUCCUGGGAUGUUCAAUGAAUCAGCACCGGACACACCGCGAUCGUUCACUGAAAGCAGCUCUCAAAUGGACGAACGAAAUUCGCAUUUGGGCAUGGUGGAGAUUAAUCCCGGUUAUCAACCACGGUAUUUGGGUGAUGCUCGUCGCGGUGAAGCAUCGCCUCUGAGUCCGCUUCCGCUGAAUUCCGCAAUUCCGCCACCUCCAUUGAUACCGCGUCAACGCAAAGAGAAAGCCCGAUCCGGUCCACCAAGUCCGCUGAUAAGUAACGCAAUCCUGUCGCCAUCAUCCUCAUCGAAAAGCCAGCACCAACAAAAAACCCAACCAACCUCCCAUGCACCGCCGUUGUAUCCGCGCCGGACAUCUCCUCACUUUUUCCCAUCUCCUGUCCUACCCCCACUGCCCUUCAAAUCGCAUCCCACAUCAUCUACGGCUCCAGCGAGUCCUUUGUCACCAGAAAGGUGUUCCACUGCUCAUACAGAUGCGAUCCUUUGGGAUAGCUGUGCACAGUCGCAUAAGUUCAGUUCGUUUUUGUUUUGCGAAAAAGUCCUUUUAAUCAGUGUUGUUUCAGGUCAUCGCCAUACUGAAUCAUCGUUUGUGUUUCCACCGAAUGCGAACAGCAUGUGUUUGAUGGCUGCUGAUCAGAAUCGUACUCUGGUAGCUGCUGCUGCUGACUCGAGCAACGUCAUGACAUCACCGAAUGGUUGCGCCACUUUUGCGACUGCUCCUCCACCUCCCCCUCAGCUGCCUGCAGUCCCUCCUCGACGAAAGGCUGAAGCACUUCCGGCACCGUUACCGCCCGAUGCCAUACGAGUUGUCUGGAGCGGUGAGGCAUCACCACAAACGCCUAUUGUGAGUGCGGUUCUUCCUUUGCCCACACCGUCUGCAUCUGCAAACUCGUCGUCACCAGCCACCGAUACGAAUUCAACGCUGAUUCAGAAUCAGAAUACUCCACCUUUAUAUCCUCGAAGAGCGACCACCAGCGAUGCUCCGCCUAGGCCACCAAAAAGUGACUCAACGCUACGACGUCAAGUGCAUGCGUCGUCAUCAAUUGUAAACGCUGCUUAUAUGGAUUCACCGUCCCAGCCGUCUUCGCCGAACAAUUUGGAUUCUUCGAUGAGUCCAUCGUCACCACCUCCGUUGCCUCCGAAGACCUAUAAACGUCAACAGAACCACCAUCAUCACCAACCACAGCAACCACAACAAAUAAAUCAAGAACAGCAACGCUAA